AUGCUCACCAACCGUACGAUCUCUAACUUCCCAAAGCUACACCCACCACCCACCAUCUCGCAUUACAUUAUCUUCGCCAUGUUCUGCAGAGACAUGUCUGAUCAGUAUCAUUUGUAUUUGAUUGGGGAAGCGAGUAUGAGCAAACACCUCAAGGCCAAGUACGAGGGUGACCUCAAGGCCACAAUACAAGAGCUCUCUGAGCUCAAUCAAGAGACAAGGCAUAUGUUCGAUAGGGAGAAGGAGGAUAAGAAGAUCAUCUGCACGAACAAGAUUAACGACCUUACGGCCAAGAUUGCUCAGCUAGAUGAGCAGCUGGCGAGCCUUGACGAGCAGAUUCAGCGUUAUAAAGAAGAACAUCCACCCUUUCGGCAGUUGUCGCAGAGGGAGAUGGACGAGGAGACUGCACGCAUUGUGAAGAAUUACGCUAAGUUGGAGAGAAUUCGGUAG